AUGGCAUCUUGCCAAGAACACGGCUGGGCUUCAUCACCGGGUGUAUGGCAGAAGAGGCAAGUGAAGUGCUUCAAGAGGUGUUUGGCAACGACUCAACGUGGCGUGUCUCUCAUCAAGAAAGAUGUCCAAGAGGUCGCGGCCAGGAUGAGCUCGAGAGUAUUCCUGGGCCGUGACUUCGCUCGCGACAGCAGAUGGCUGCAAAUUGCCAAGGACCACACCUUUCAAAUCUACAGAGCUGUCCUCCAGCUCAACCGGCUGCCGAAGACGUCAAGAUGGCCGCUUCAGUGGUUCCUACCUAGUUGCAAAGCGCUCAGACGGCAAGUCAUCGAUGCCAGAAAUAUCAUCACCCCAGAAACCCAGAAACGCAUCAAGGAGAUGAAGAGUCUAAGUCAGGGAGACAAGGCUCCCAAGACCAUGGAUGCGCUUUCCUGGAUCCUGGAGGUUGGUUGGAAGCAAAAGUUCGACCCUGCUCAUGUCCAACUCGCUUUGAGCGUGGUAUCCAUCAAUACUGCCGGGGAGGUCAUGGCACAAGCCGUCAUCGACGUGUGUGAGCACCCAUGGUUGGUCUCCGCGCUCAGGGAAGAGAUUAUCUCCGUGGUCAAGGAGAAUGGCUGGCAGAAAUCGACGUUCUACCAGCUGAGGCUGACGGAUAGCUUUCUCAAAGAGAGUCAACGAGUUCAUGCCCUGAAUUGGCACUGGAUGAAGCACCACGUGCGACAUACAUUCGCAUUGUCAGACGGGACUGUGCUCCAGGCCGGUGCCACGGUCUCGGUGGCAGCGAAUACGACGAAUGAUCCUGAGCUGUUUUCGAUGCCAGAAAAAUUUAUACCGGACAGGUUUUUGAAACUGCGAAGCGAACCGGGGCAGGAGAGCAAGUGGCAAUUCGUGGAACUACACCCUUCCCUCAUGACGUUUGGCUACGGCCAGCAUGCCUGUCCCGGUGUCAGAGGCUGGAGUCGUACAGAGUAA